UGGCACUGAGCCCUGACGGCCCCGAACCUGCUGGGGAAGUGGCACUGAGCCCUGACGGCCCCGAACCUGCUGGGGAAGUGGCACUGAGCCCUGACGGCCCCGAACCUGCUGGGGAAGUGGCACUGAGCCCUGACGAAUCAAAGGCCAACACUUAUCCUGAAUCCUCCGUAAAAGACGUACGCGUAUUAAGUGAUUUUAGCAAUGAAAGUCUACCCACAGAUGGAUUAGAAUCCUGUAAUGAAGUGUCACGCAACAUUGGACUAGAACCAGCAAAUGAAAUAUUACAAGAGUCCAAGACUGACAAGGAAUCUGAGCCCAGAGCUAUGGUUUGGGAUGAAGCAGUCACACUGGGAGAUCUUGGUCAUGUAAGUAUGAACACUACUGGAUCGGAACCAUUUAAUGGAAUAGCACAGGAAUUCACAAGGGAUGAUGGCUCUGAAUCCUUAAAUAUGGUGCAAAACACUGCCUGCAUGGUACAGGCAGUCACACUAGGUGAUCCUAACUUUGAAAGUCAUAAUGGUGAUUUAUUAGAAACCUUUAGUGAUAUGCCACAGAGCACUGGAUUAGAACCAUUUAAAGAAGCACAAGAAUCAAAGGCAGAAGUUGCCACAGAUGUGGUACAUGAAGCAGUUGCAUCUGGUUGUCCUGCUCAUGAAUGUCUGAACACUCUAUCAGAAUCGUAUAUUGAAAUGAUGCAGAGAACUGUUGACUCACGGGCAUCUAAUGAAAUGUCACAAAACUCAGAUUUUCUCUCCAAGCAAGCUGUCUUACUAGAAGAUUCUAACUAUGAGAGUCUGAACACUGGACUAGUAUCUAAUGAAUUCCAGGAAUCUACUAAAAAGGCUAGCUCCGAACCAUUGGAUGUGGUACAAGACAUUUCUACUGAAAUGGUGCAAGAAGAAAUUGUAUCAACACGGAACCAUAUUGGCUGUGAAAGUGGAAUUCAGCACCUUUACAGAUAUGAAACUUCUAAAGUGGAGCAGGAAUCCCCACGUGUUGGCUAUGAAAGUAAUGGCCAGGGCAUCUGUGGAACAGAAUCUGCCAAUGUACCUGAAUUUAUGCCACCUGAUAACUGUGAAAAUGGUCUAGACUUGUGUGCAUCAGAAGACCCUAUCCAUGCAAGUGACAUUCAAUAUGUUCAUGAAGUGGAGUCUGAGACAAUACAGCAGUCCAUGGAAGCUGAUGCUAAUUGUGAAUGCAGGAAUUUUGAUGUACUGAAACCCUGUGAGGGAAAACCAGAAUCUACCCAGAUGGGUGCAAGAUGUGAAGCUACAAACCUUCAGGGAACAGAUUAUUCUUUGGUAAAGGAAACUGCAGAUAUGGAUAGUUGCUAUGAAAGUAAUUUGGACAUCAGGCUUUCAAAAGCGGCGGAGGCUGGCCAGGAGGAGCCCACAUUGGCGGAGGCUGGCCAGGAGGAGCCCACAUUGGCGGAGGCUGGCCAGGAGGAGCCCACAUUGGCGGAGGCUGGCCAGGAGGAGCCCACAUUGGCGGAGGCUGGCCAGGAGGAGCCCACAUUGGCGGAGGCUGGCCAGGAGGAGCCCACAUUGGCGGAGGCUGGCCAGGAGGAGCCCACAUUGGCGGAGGCUGGCCAGGAGGAGCCCACAUUGGCGGAGGCUGGCCAGGAGGAGCCCACAUUGGCGGAGGCUGGCCAGGAGGAGCCCACAUUGGCGGAGGCUGGCCAGGAGGAGCCCACAUUGGCGGAGGCUGGCCAGGAGGAGCCCACAUUGGCGGAGGCUGGCCAGGAGGAGCCCACAUUGGCGGAGGCUGGCCAGGAGGAGCCCACAUUGGCGGAGGCUGGCCAGGAGGAGCCCACAUUGGUGGAGGCUGGCCAGGAGGAGCCCACAUCUCCAUCUUCUGAGGGAGUAAAGGCUUCCACAGAAAUGGAUGCUAGCUAUGAAAGAAAAGAACCUAUUCAACCUGAACCCAUCUGUGAAAAUGUCAGUCAGGAUUUUCAUGCAACAGAUGUGUGCUAUCCAAGUGAUAUUCAGGGCAGCUUUGUAUCCCGGCUAUCUGAGCUCAAACAGUAUUCAGAACAAAUUGCUGAGUCCUGUGAAACUACCUAUCUAAUCAUCCAUAGAGCAGAACUAACUGAAAUGAUGCAGAAUUUCCCACAAGCUGCGAGCACAGAAAGAGACCAGCAACAAAUCCCGGCACUGAAUUCCUCAGAGAUGCAAGAAGUCCUGCCAGAUGGCCCUAGAAUUCAGGACGGGUACAGAACAGAAUCUUCCAGUGAAAGAGUACAAGAGAACAGCUGCUUUACAGAGACCAAUGAAAGAGAACAGGAAUACUCUCAGCCUGUCGUCUGUGAAGGUGAUAAGGACAUUUGUUUAUCUAAAUCCUCUAUGGUACAAGAAAUCAUGCCAGCUGAUGCUGGGGGCAUAAGUAUGGACAUCAAAGGAACAGAUGUUUCUCAUGCAAUAGUGGGAGCCACAGAGUCUAAUGCUAACUGUGAAAUAGAGAACAAGAACACUGGCUCUGAACUUUCUGAUGUGGUAAAAUACAUGCAUGUGGCUGGUGCUGAAAUUGAUCAGGGCAUAUCACAGAGAGUACAGGAAUUGACACAGAUUGGUGCUAGUUGUGAUAAAUCCGUAACUUCAAAGACUACCAUAGAUCCCUGCACAGCUAGUGAAAGUGACACUCUGGAUGUACAUCUGUCAGGAAUGUCUGAAAAGGAAUCCAUUACCACUAAUAGAUGUGGAACUGCCAGUCUGUGCGUUCUUGGACCAGAAUCCUCUGAGUUGGUGCUAGAAGGAUCCAUGCAGGAUACCUUGGAAAAUGAAGGAAGCUCUGCAAGUCCCAGACAUGAGACCCAGGCUGUAUCUGAAGUUGCUGUGUGUGAAAAAGAUGGCAAGGAAAUCCACCAAGCAAAAUCAGUUGAGAAAACUGUGGAGCAAGAUACCAGCUCCGUGGAUGGUAACCAUGAAAAUGGAGAGUUAGAUCAUGAUGAGGGAAUCGCAGAGAAAGAAAAUGCAAGUGACCAUUCAGAAAUUCAGGACUCUGAAUUCUAUGAUGUGGAGGAAUUCCAGUCAAAUAGGACCACAAACAGAUAUACGCUGGAGUCUGAUAUUUCAGACGAAGAGGUCUCUACAAGAAAGGAGAGACACUGGAGACUAGGCGAUGACAACCUUGAUGAUACUCUGGAAUACAUCUCAUCCGAUGAUGACAGUCUAUCCUCUACUGAGGAAAGCAUCACACUUGGCCACACUUAACAGCAAGACCAGCUUAACACUGAUGCAAUCCUGCUGCAGAAACCUUUUUCCUCUUGAUCGUAAAUAUGUGGAAUUUUAAACUCUGGUUAUUAGCAUCUUGGAAAUUCUGAUGUACUCUCUGCAUGGUUCUCCCAAAAUUUAUAUAUUUGAUGUACUUAAAGAACAAAGGGCACUUUAAAUUUUUUAAAAAUUAAAAUAUUUCAUAAAUUAAGUAGUUUAUCGUAUUAAGUGACUGCAAGAUAUUUUUGUAAAUUUUAUCUUAUGCAAAGUAAUUACUUAGUAUUUAUAAGUCGAAUUAUAUACUCAAAGUAGGUUUCUUGAUUAUGUAUGUUGUCUCUGUGGCUAUGCUAUUUACAGCUGUUUUGUGAGGUGUUUUUUCUAUGCUAAAUUUUCUAUGCUAAAUUUUGUAAGUCUUAAAAAUCUUGUAAACUUGAUAUGCAUUAAAAGGUGUACUACAUAUGAUAAUAAA